AUGGAGCAGGAUAAUAACAACAACAGCGACAGCAAUAGGUUGCGCGCACCUAAUAUGCAUUCAAAUUUGGGUCCUCAAGUGUGGCUGAACAGUGGUGAUGAUUUUGACAGCAACAACAACAACAGCAACAACAACGAUAAUAAUAACACAAGACCACAAAUGCCAUCCCGAACCAGAGAAACGGCAAUUUUGGAAAGAAAUGCAAACGAAAUUAGCGAUCAAACGCUAAAUAACAUAUUCAGGUUUGAUAAUGUCCAACGGGAAACCUUCUCGCCAAACAACAAUGGGCAACCACUAAAUCAACGUUUUUCCUUGACAUUUCAACCACAACAGCAAACCGCGCUAAACGGGAUCGACAUAAAUACUGUGAACACAAACCUUAUGAAUGGUGUCAAUGUUCAAAUAGAUCAACUUAAUCGAUUGUUACCCAAUUUGCCAGAAGAAGAACGGAAACAAAUUCACGAAUUCAAACUAAUAGUGGGCAAAAAAAUUCAAGAAUUUCUGGUUGUUAUAGAGAAACGUAGAAAGAAGAUACUAAACGAAAUUGAGCUAGAUAACCUUAAACUGAAAGAGCUACGUAUCGACAACUCCCCACAAGCAAUUAGUUAUUUGCAUAAAUUACAAAGAAUGAGACUUAGGGCACUAGAGACAGAAAACAUGGAAAUUAGAAAUUUAAGGCUAAAAAUAUUAACGAUUAUAGAAGAGUACAAAAAGUCAUUAUAUGCAUACUGCCAUUCCAAGCUAAGAGGGCAACGAGUGGAGAAUCCAACAGAUAAUUUCAUCGUUUGGAUAAACUCCAUAGAUACUAAUGAAUCAUCUGACUUGAAAGAAGGGUUACAAGAUCUUUCCAGAUAUUCAAGGCAAUUUAUAAACAACGUGCUUUCAAACCCAUCAAAUCAAAACAUAUCCACGAGUAUGACUCGAAGGACAUCCGUGUUUGCCCUAAACAUGCUACCCUCGGAGAUAUUACACUUAAUAUUAGACAAACUUAACCAAAAAUAUGAUAUUGUAAAAUUUCUUACCGUUUCCAAACUCUGGGCCGAAAUAAUUGUGAAAAUACUCUAUUAUAGACCACACAUAAACAAAAAAAGUCAACUGGACUUGUUUUUAAGGACCAUGAAGUUAACUUCGGACGAAACUGUAUUUAACUAUCGUUUAAUGAUCAAAAGAUUAAAUUUUUCAUUUGUUGGUGACUACAUGCACGAUGCAGAGCUUAAUUAUUUUGUCGGCUGUGAAAACUUGGAGAGAUUAACGUUAGUGUUUUGCAAGCAUAUAACCAGUGUUCCAAUAUCGGCCGUUUUAAAAGGAUGUAAAUUUCUCCAAAGCGUAGAUAUCACUGGUAUAAGGGACGUUUCUGACGACGUAUUUGAUACCUUAGCAACAUAUUGUCCCAGAGUACAAGGGUUUUAUGUUCCUCAGGCAAGGAAUGUAACAUUUGAUUCGCUGCGGAAUUUUAUAGUCCAUUCCCCGAUGUUGAAGAGAAUAAAAAUCACGGCAAACGAUAACAUGAAUGACGAGUUAGUAGAAUUAUUAGCCAACAAGUGCCCUUUGCUUGUAGAGGUUGAUAUAACGUUAAGUCCAAAUGUCACCGAUUCUAGUUUAUUAAAACUCCUCACGAAGCUAGUCCAGCUAAGAGAAUUUAGAGUAACUCAUAAUACGAAUAUUACGGAUAAUCUUUUCCAAGAGCUUUCCAAAGUGGUUGAUGAUAUGCCAUCUUUAAGAUUAAUUGAUCUUUCUGGAUGUGAGAACAUUACAGAUAAAACCAUUGAAAGAAUUGUCAAUCUGGCUCCUAAGUUACGUAAUGUUUUUUUAGGCAAGUGUAGCCGAAUUACAGAUGCGUCGCUGUUCCAAUUAUCUAAACUGGGUAAAAACUUGCAGACGGUGCAUUUUGGGCACUGUUUCAAUAUAACAGAUAAUGGAGUAAGAGCACUAUUUCAUUCAUGUACAAGAAUACAGUAUGUGGAUUUUGCGUGUUGUACAAAUUUAACCAACAGAACUCUUUAUGAAUUGGCUGAUUUACCGAAAUUAAAGAGAAUUGGCCUUGUAAAGUGCACACAAAUGACCGACGAGGGGUUGUUGAAUAUGGUUUCCUUGCGGGGCAGAAAUGAUACUUUAGAAAGGGUACAUUUAUCUUACUGUUCUAAUUUAACAAUAUAUCCGAUAUAUGAAUUAUUAAUGUCUUGCCCCAGGCUCUCACAUUUAUCUUUGACUGCUGUUCCGUCAUUUUUACGCCCCGAUAUAACGAUGUAUUGCAGGCCUGCGCCCUCCGACUUUAGCGAAAACCAGCGUCAAAUAUUCUGUGUAUUUUCAGGGAAGGGCGUCCAUAAACUUCGUCAUUAUUUAGUCAAUCUAACGUCACCUGCUUUUGGACCACAUGCUGACGUAAACGAUGUUUUGACAAAAUACAUUAGAUCCAAGAAUUUAAUUUUUAACGGCGAAACACUUGAGGAUGCUCUUCGAAGGAUCAUCAUUGAUUUGAAUCAAGAUUCCGCUGCGAUUAUAGCUGCUACAGGAUUAAAUCAAAUCAACGGUUUAAAUAAUGAUUUUCUUUUUCAGAAUAUCAAUUUUGAACGAAUAGACGAAGUAUUCAGCUGGUAUCUCAAUACUUUUGAUGGUAUUAGGAUGAGCCCGGAGGAAGUUAACUCACUUUUGUUGCAAGUAAACAAGACAUUUUGUGAAGACCCAUUCAGUGAUGUGGACGAUGAUCAAGAUUAUGUUGUGGCACCUGGUGUAAACCGGGAAAUUAACAGUGAAAUGUGCCAUAUUGUAAGAAAGUUCCAUGAAUUAAAUGAUCAUAUUGAUGACUUCGAAGUGAAUGUUGCUAGUUUGGUAAGAGUCCAGUUUCAGUUUACUGGAUUUUUACUCCAUGAAAUGACUCAAACCUAUAUGCAAAUGAUUGAGUUGAACAGGCAAAUUUGUUUGGUACAAAAAACGGUUCAGGAAUCGGGCAACAUAGAUUACCAAAAAGGCCUUUUGAUAUGGCGACUUUUAUUCAUUGACAAAUUCAUUAUGGUUGUUCAAAAGUACAAGCUUUCAACCGUUGUUCUGAGACUCUAUCUAAAGGAUAACAUAACACUGUUGACCAGACAAAGAGAACUAUUAAUAGCACAUCAAAGAUCAGCAUGGAAUAACAAUAAUGAUAAUGACGCUAACCGAAACGCUAACAAUAUCGUAGGUAUCGUAUCGGAUGCUGAGGCAAAUGAUGUAAAUAGCAAUGAAACUAAUAGCGGUAACGAUGAUAAUGAAACAGAAAAUCCAAAUUUUUGGAGGCAAUUUGGCAAUAGAAUGCAAAUAUCACCUGAUCAAAUGAGGAAUCUUCAAAUGGGACUCCGCAAUCAAAAUAUGGUUAGAAAUAAUAACAAUGCAAUUGAUGAAUCAAUGCCUGACACUGCCAUUGAUUCUCAAAUGGAUGACGCAUCAGGAACGCCCGAUGAAGAUAUGUUAUAA